AUGCUGAAAUUUUUAUAAGAGCUAUUCUUUUGUAAUUUGUUUUAUUAAAUAUUAGAGCAAUUUAAGAAGUUGAUAUAAAAUUUGGAUUGAUUAAAUUUGUGAGUUUAGAUUAAUUGACUCUUAAAUAUUUUUCUUAUGAAUUAAUGAAAUAAUUAGAUGAAUUAAAAAUUCCAUAUUUAAACUGCGAUAUCAAUAAUUUCUUAAUUUUUUCUGUAUAAAAUUGAUUACAACAUACAUUUAGAAAAUGGAGAAGAUACUAAAUAAGAGGUCUAUCUUUUGA